GACCAGGACUGCUUCGAUGUGCAAUACUGUUAUUUUUUCAUUAAAGUCUUUUUUUGUUCUCACAUGGAGGUGGAGCCCAGAAAAAAACCCCUGAAAAAAGCGCGAUGGGCUGCAGCAGAGAACCUGAGUGAACCCCAGUAGCUCCCAGACGAGUCCCCAUCCAACGCCUUCCUUGGCUCUGAGGGGCUCUCUUUCGGCACAGGCAGGGAUUUGCAGUGUCUUGGUUGUGAUGUAGCUUGGGUUUAAUUCAAUUAGCAUCCAUGUGGGCAUCUGCUUUAAAAAAUACUUCAGGCUGUCAGUCUCAUUAGCAGGCGCUGUGCAGCAGGAGCAAUUUGUGGAUCUGAGGCCACACCGACAUUCAAACUUACGUUCAUAGCUGAAAAGAAAAUCCUUGGGAUUUCUGUUGUGCUGCCACGCUUUCAACAGAUGGUGUGCCGUGGCAGCUUUCUGAAGUGAGACACAAGGACAUCCUCAACCUGUGGGGACAUGGAGAGGCCCGAGCUCGGUACAGAGACGGUGGAGACAUGUCCUUAUGUGGAAGCCUGGAAUGGUCUUGAGGAGGGCGACCCACUUCAUGAGCCCCCCCAGGCUCACAAGAGCAGGGAGGAAGAGCAAGUUAACAGCGGUGGCAGUGCAUUCGGAAGCCUUUGCGUCCCUGGGACAGAGAGUGCAGAGGCUGCUGGCGAGGGGGGCCCAGAUGGCAAGAGGAAACUAGAGAAGACGCCCAGUUUCGGGAAGACAGUGCGGUUCCAGUUGCCCCCUAACAGGGAGGUAGAUAUGACGAGUGUCCCCACUGAAGAAAGCUUCUUCCCCAGGUACGAGCUGCAUGAGUGGACCGCUGCUGGAUUUGAAGAGUUAUUUCUGGAUGAGGAGUGGCUGGACAUAACAGAAGAGGGGUUCCUGAGGAAGAGAGUGCUACAGCCUGGGCAGGAGCAGGCUGCCAGCCCAAGCUGGGGUCAGGAGGUCACUGUGAAGCUUCAAGGGGUGCUGGAAGAUGGCACGGUGGUGGAGAAGGACCCCAGGCUGACCUUUGUUAUAGGGGAGGGCGAUGUCAACCAGGCUCUGGAACUCUGUGCCCCUUCAAUGCAGUUGGAUGAGAUUGCAUUACUGAUCACCGACUCACAGUAUGCUUAUGGCCAACGAGGAAGAGAGCCCGAUAUUCCACCAGGCGCCGCUCUCCUGUACCAGCUCCACCUCCUCCACAUCCGGGACAAGCCUGACCCCCGGACCCUGCCGGCCUCAGACUGCAUUCGGGUCGGCAACCAGAAAAGAGAGCUGGGCAACUUCUACUUCCAGAGAGAAGAGUACAGCAAGGCUGCAAGGUCUUACCGCAUGGCUCUGGAAGCCCUCAGAGAGCCAGCCCCUGCCCUGGAGCCGGAGGAGACGGAGGAAGUGCGAGAAUGCUGGGUAAAGUGCCUCAAUAACAUGGCGGCCACGCAGCUGAAGCUAGAGCAGUGUGAAGACGCGCUCGGCACCAGCGAAGAAGUGCUUCUCCUCGACCCCAACAACGUCAAGGCCCUCUUCAGGAAAGGAAAGUUACUGUCGGACAAGGGGGAGUAUCAAGAGGCCAUGGAGGUCCUGAAGAAAGCUCUGAAACUCGAGCCGUCCACCAAGGCUAUUCACGUGGAGCUGUCUAAGCUGGUGAAACGGCAAGCAGGUGGCAGUGAGGUCCUGAAUUGGAAAGCCAAGCCAGCCCAGAUGUUGGGGGAAAAUAUAACACCAUUCCUGAAAGCCGCCGAAGGAAAGCCAUCUGGAAUUCCUUGGAAGUGGCUGCUUGGGGCUCUGGUAGUAGCCAUCGGUUGUUUACUGACAGCAAUGUUCCUGCCAGGGAGGAACUAACAGCACCUGUUUCUGAGGCACCACAGCACCAGCAGAUCUGCCUAAAGAAGUGUCCAACACAGAUUUGCAAGGCUUAGGAGCUCACUGUAGCAGUUAAAUGAAUGUUCUUCUUCACAUUCUUCCAAUGUGUAAAAGGACAGCACUGGAGUCUGAUCAUAUGAAAGCAAAGUAGAUGUAAGAAGUCAUUUUAUAGAUACAUUUAAAAAACUGGUAGUAUGUCAGCUUAUACACAAACAAUAGUCAUGCAGUUUUGCAAGCAGAUGUAAUAUACAGUAUGGAAGUGAUGGAGAACCUCACAACAUCUGACUGGCUCAUGAGCAGCUCUCACACACCCACAUUACAGGUUGAAUUAUAAUAGAGGUGGCAGUGUCUGGAUUAGCUGCUGACAAAAGAAAACGACAGAUUGAUAGAAUAUCACACAUAUGCAAAAUACAUCGGUCUAGGGGAAUAAAUAACGAUGACAGAAAAACUGAGUAACCCAGCGCACAGAUCCCAGAUAUUCUGUCAGAUGAGAUGUACUGUACAAUGACUGGACAUCUUUUUUAAACGCACAUUUAAAAACGUGACAAAGAAAUGUUGGGAAUUUAUUAUCAUGCCACCAAAACGUAAUAUCCUGCCUGCUAGUUUUUUCUUCUGUGGCACCUGGAUGAACAGACUGCACUGAUGAAUAGCACAGAAGAAGCAUGCCAUUCCAGGCCAAACUGGACUUGAUGAUCCUGGGACUGGAAACGGCCUUUCCAAAGGACCUCUGCUGCGAAGGGAAUUUAAUGGAAUAGUGUAGCUACUGCCUUUGGGAUGGAGGGGGUGUUCCCAUCCCUUUCCUCACCGUGAACUCAGUGAAGGACUUCCAGAUCCCUCCUGUGUCCCAGGCCAGGACAGCUGAGGAACAAAGGCACAUCCGUUCCAAUUCAUUCAAUUAGAGUACACCGAAGACUGACAGGCUGACUAAUACCCUCCAGCAAUGUUCCCUCUAAACUGUGCGCAAAAUCAGUGCACAUAGGAAAUUGAACUGCGCACAAAACAUUAAAUUAAAACGGAAUUGUAAUCAUUAAACACGGUCGUCAAUUGAACAAAACUCAAUUGACCACAUGAGACUGGCUGCGAGAGGCGCAACGUGGCUGUGUGCAUUACUAUCGCUACUCGAUCACCGAUAUCAAUGGUCUCGUACCUCACUGCUCAUGCUUGCUCCGAACUCUCUCUCUAUGACUGGGCUCGUUGAAUCGCUGUCCCGGUCGUUUGGAUCUCUAUGCUUCUAUAUCAACAACAAAAAUAAUUUCUGGUUUACAAUUUUACAUGUACCCAAUUUAGUGCGCAAAAGCUUAAGUCACUGGGGAAAAAUUUGCACAACUUUUUGAUUUUUUUGCACACACAAGCCAUUACAAAUUAGAGGGAACGUUGCCCUCUGGGCUCCAAAUUCUGACUUUCUAUUGGUCCCCAUUGAGCUUCGUAGUUCGUAGUGCUCUUGCAAACUACAGAAACUGUUGUGACAAGAUAUGCAGCUAUUUGUUUAAUUAUAGAGAGCAUUUCCUUCAUAUGAUAUUAAUACAGAGAUUAAUUAAAGCAUUGUAGUUUUCUAUUGUUUUGAUACUUCAUCCUGUCUGUUUUUUUGAAUAUAUAAAUUAUAGCUAUUUGAAGCUG